CUCUGGUUCUGAGUUUGUAGGAUUAUCCAUAUCAUAAGCGUUGUUAUAAGUGUGUAAAUAGUCAUGCCAAGCAACUGUGCUGUGUCAUGCUGUAAUCUUCGUGGAGGCCAGUGCUUGGAGGAUGGAACGAAGCCUUACUUUUUUCGCUUUCCUAAAGAUCCAUCAAGGCGAGCUACCUGGGUUCAUAAGUGCUCGAGAGAUGACAACUUUGACCCAGAGAUGACGAGGAUCUGUAGCAGACACUUUGCCGAAUCAGAUUUUGAUCCCUCUUAUCUGGUCAAGAGGAAGCUUCUGCCUGGGGACGCUAUCACUCCCCAGCUGAAGAACACUGCCGUGCCAUGGCUGAAUCUCUCCUCUGGUGUCAACUUCCUGUGCCAAUAAUUGUUAUCAUCUGUACUCUGGCUUUCUCUGUCAUAGCGGUCCUGUUCGGUGCUCCGGCGCUCACUGACACCGAGAGCACUGUGCUGCUGGGAGCGGUCCUCUCGCUGUUGGCCGUUUACCCGACGGCGCUGACGGCCGGCGGCAGCGUCGGACUCAUCUCGGACACUCUCCUGGACGCCAGGCCCCACUGUGAGCGCGGACGGCAGGAGCUGUGGGCGGCCGCCGGCGCUCUGCUGGGCGCCUGGCUGGGCGCGUUCGUCAUCCCGCUGGACUGGGACCGCGACUGGCAGGUGUGGCCGGUGCCGUGCUGCGCCGGCGCUCAGUUGGGCUCCGCCGCCGGCCGUCUGCUCUGCGGCACCCGCCCCUCGCUCCGUGACGACAAGGCCCAGUGACCUGUGUGGCACGCGGAGGCGGCAGCAUGGCGUCCCUGGUGCGCCGCGGCUGGGCCUGGCUGGUGCACCGGUACCGCAUGUACGAGCUCAACACGUCCGUGGCCCUGCUGGAACCCAACGAAAAGGUGGCCUUCCACACCUUCAUCUUCUGCAUUCUGUCGAUGAUGGCCUACUCGACGUACGUCUACCUGCCCCAUUACACGUUGGUGUUGCUGGCCCGGUUCGGUCUGGUGGUGGCCGACACCGACUGACUCGGUGCCGCUGGGAGCAGCUCCCCGCCGCGCUCACACACCGGCCCGCCUGUUGACUGACCUGUGUGUCGUCGCGUCUGCCGCUCGGCGGCGAUAUCUGUUUGUUGUUCACUGUACAUAUAUCGUGAUUAGCACGGAACCGAGGAGUCAUGCCAACCGAGCUGACACCGGCUAAGGUGCUGACCAAGGGUCAGCUGAAACGGGCCGCCCGCGACAACAAGGGGCGCACCAAGAACGUGCUGUUUAACCCGUUCAGCGUGCAGUGGCCGCCGGUGGAGGAGGCGGCCGCCGCCGCCGUGCUGGCCGCCCUGCGCUCUCAGCUGCAGCAGUUCCAUGUGCAGAGCGCCGUGCCUCAGGACGAGUACGCGGCGCUGCUGGCCGCCGGAGACCGGGCCGCCAUCGGCCGGCGGCGCCGCCAGCUGCGCGCCGCUGCCGAGCCGCUGCUCGCCGCUCGCCGCCGACACCUCGAACACUGCGUCCUGGGCUUCAACGCGGCGUCGCGCGCGCUGGAGUGCGGCCGUCUGGCGGCGCUGCUGGUGGAGGCCGACACGCCGGCGCUGGAGACGCGGCUGCUGGUGCCGCUGGCGGCGGGCCGCCGCUGCCCGGCCGUCUGCCUGCCGCGCGUCCGUGAGGUGGUGCAGCGCCGGAUCGGCCUGAGCACGGCUGUGCUGGGCCUGCUGCAGGGUGCCACUGCCGACGGACAUCACCUGAAGCCGCUCUACGACGCCAUCUGCAGGGCGGCUGUGCCGCUGAUCUGGCCGCGGCCGGCCGCCGCCGCCGCCGCCGUGGCGCCGGAGAGUCCCGAGGCGCCGGAGAGCGGGCUGCAGGGCGGGCCCGGCUGCGACGGGCCGGAGGUGUCGCCGGCGCCGUUCGAGCAGGCUGACUUUAUCAGUCUGUCGGUGUCGCCGCCGCAGAGCGCCGCCGACGACCUGGUCACCGUCGACACAGAGGGCGUGCCGCACAAGAAACGGCUCGCCUUGAAGCAAGCUCGUGUCAUGAGCGUCACUCUGGGGUCCAAGGCACUUAAGAAAGCCGUUAAGGUGAAAAAAGCUACCACUUAGGAUGUUUCGAUUCUCUUCGAAAGUGUAGCCUCCUCGUUCAGAAAACCUUUUGUUCCACUGGCAAUAAAAUUCCAGGACUGUUUUCGAAGCACGUACCUAUUCUUAUUCCCGUAUUGCUUUCCCAGAUUUGGACUGGCUCACUGUAUGACUCACGCACAGCUGAAAUAAAAACCAACCUGUU